CCUUGUGAGUGAUGGUGUGUUUCUAUCUUUGCUCCAAUGCUAAAAAUGGGGCUGUUUCAUUCUAAGUCAGUGUAUAGUAGAGUUGUUUAUAUUGAUUCGUUGUUCUCAAAGUGUUGAGUGAGAGAGCAGAAGAUGUGUUUUGUGAUGUAAAUAUAGUGAAAUAUGUCCACCGUAAAGUGCAGUGCUGAUAAUAAUGCCUUUGAGCUCAAGCUUCAUUCUCCAGCCGGAGUCGAGCCUUUCGUUUUCACGUGGCCUCUCUCCACAUCGGGCUCGGAUAAAAAUGAUGGUGCCUAUGACAUCGUUGAGACAAUACGAUGGGUGUGCGAGGACAUCCCGGAGCUCAAGAUCGCUCUCGAAGUCAACGUGCUCGCAGACUACGACACCAGGAGCUACGAGAGCAUGAAGCAGCUGUGCGACAAGUACAACCGCGCCAUUGACUCCAUCAUACAACUUGAGAAGGGAACGAGUCUGCCUGCAGUUCGCCUCAACAAGCGACCGAGCAGAGGGAUGUUGAAGCACAUCCUAACGCAGAUCUACAACCAGGCCGUCGAAGACCCGGAGAAGCUCAACCAAUAUGAACCUUUCUCUCCCGAGGUUUACGGGGAGACUUCAUACGAGCUCAUCUGCCAAGUGAUCGACCAGAUCCACAUCACAGAAGAGGACACCUUCAUAGACCUGGGCUCGGGCGUGGGGCAAGUCGUACUGCAGAUGGCGGCCGCGACGCUCUGUAAGCGCUGCUACGGCAUCGAGAAGGCUGACACUCCUUAUAGAUACUCGGAGACGAUGGUGAAGCUGUACAAGCGAUGGCUCGCCUGGUACGGCAAGAAGCACGGCGAGUACAAACUUGUACAGGGAGACUUCCUACAAAAGCAGCACCGGGAGUGGAUAACGUCCAGCACCAUCGUCUUCGUGAAUAACUUUGCGUUUGGCCCCACCGUGGACCACAUGCUCAAGGAGGUCUUUGCUGAUCUCAAAGACGGCGCCAGAAUCAUCUCUUCUAAAAGCUUCUGUCCCACUAACUUCCGUAUUACUGACCGUAAUCUAAGUGAUAUUGGUACAAUCAUGCACGUGUCGGAGCUUACGCCGCUUUCGGGGAGCGUGUCGUGGACGGGCAAGCCAGUCUCCUACUACCUGCACAUCAUCGACCGCACCAAGUUGGAGCGCUAUUUCUUAAGAGUAAAGAAUCCCAAGCUGAGGAGCUCAUCUAAGCUCACAGACGAGAAGCAAGCUCCUGUGGCUGAAGAGAACGCAGCGGUAGCAAUGCUGGCAAUGAACAGUAACGCUGUGGGCGCGACAGUCGUGACUAACGGCACCACUAGAAGAGGGCGCAGCAGACAUGCACCUAACCACACACGUAAAGCCUCGCCUCAUAGCAGCGAAACAAGCUCCACCAACUCCUCCGUCGAGAACAGUACUGAGGAGACUCCCAUCAUUGGCCCCACGACACGCCGCGCCUGGAACGAUUGGUGUAGCGGCGGCAGCGGCGGUGGUUCAUCUGCAGCCUCGUCAAUAUCAUCCUCAUCACGCGGUUCCUCGACUAACUCCAAAACUCUGUCCGUCUCUAACUCGAGUGGGUUAGAAGAGCACCCUACCGUCAAUGGCCCCAUCACCGGUAAAGUGUUUAGUGGAUCAUCCCCCAAUCACCUGAGUGUAGCGUUCAAGCCUGCCGUCGAGUCAACUCACGUCUCAGGUCUUACAUCAAAUGCCCACUUGAGCGGCAGAAGCAGUAGUGGUGGUCGUAGCGGUCGUCGUAGUCAACGCAGUAGUGGCAGUGUGGACAGCGUUGGUAGCAGUGGUAGCAGCACUACUGCCGUCCCGGGUACCAUGGAGAGCUUGAUGUCUCUCAGCGUGGACAAUGGGCGUGCUGAUGACUUACAGUCUGAAACCUCGAGACAUGUCAAGUGCCGGCAAAGUAGCUCGUCGCGAACGCCUUCAACUCAUGCAGAGAGUAACAGCGAGUCUGAAGUACCGCUCGCUUCUGAGCUGCUUGAGCAAAAUUCCAUGUCGGGCCUAAACAACGGAUUUUCGGACCUGCGCGGUGCCUUACCUGUCCUCCACAUUGGUUUGUCUGCAUCCACGUCUCUCAGACGGACACAGAGACGAGCCGCCGCAAAUAAGCCGUCCAUUAUCGAUGAUCCAGACCCUCCUAUAGUGCUACGGCCGAGUCGCCGCAGCACGACGAUGCAGGGCGGGCCUCACGGUGGGGGACGCCGUGGCGGUCGUAAGGGCGGACGAGCUGGCAAAAAGGCUCCUCCGAUCCACAAAAUCAACGGCCUUGAUCUCCUUCACACACGGACGUUGCUCAGCACAAAUGUCCAGAUUGAAGAAGUACGUCAGACCUACAAGGAGGCGGCGCCAGGCUGCAUAGACCAGAAGUUAUCUCUGUUCUCUGCGUCUGACGGCAUCAUGCGGCACGAAGAGCUGCCGAUCCCACCCUCGACGUCCGCACCCUACGCCCUGGAGGUGCUGCUCGACUCCUUCCGCCAGCAGUUCAUGGAGAUGCUCGACAGCAUGAGGCACGACUCCUACACUCACUUCGUCUCCAAACAAAUCGAGGAGGAACGGGCCAAGAACAAGUCACUGAAGUCGCGCGCUGCUCAGCUCGAGCGUCAGAUCAAAGUUCUCAUUGACGACUCAGUGACGCUCCUCAAAGCCCGCAUAGCCGAGCUCGGCAUGGCCGCCGCCAACCCCGAGGACCUCCUCAACAGGGCUAAGGAGAUUGUAUGGCGACACAAGGAGCUACAAGCGCACGUGUCGGCGCUACAGCAAGGCGUCGCGGCGGCAGAACAGGAGCAGGAGAAGCUAGUGCGACGUCGCAAACAUGAGAUCCUCUCCAAAUACUCGACUAACAGAAGCAACGGACACGUCAAUGGGACGAUUGACUCGUCUCAAAUCAGCGAGGACUUCAUCCUGAGAGAAAUAUCCUUAACUUUGUCACAACGUAAGAAGCUUCACGUUCAAGUCUCGAAGCUGGAGAGCGAGCUCACUACGUUGGAAAACUCGUGUCAGCUCAGCGACACUCAGCACGGUCAGGCCGUCGCAGGGGCUGGCGCCGCGUCCGCUCCUGUCGGGAAGGCUGCCGCCUCUAACGUCCUGGGCCGCGUUGAACGGCUGCCCUGCUCUGCUGUAGGUGAGAGGGUCGCCACCAUAGCUGGUGGUAGUACGGUUGUGCUCACGGCUCCUCCUUCUGAAAAGUCUCCUGGCAGACACGGCUCGUCGCUGAGUCCUGCUUCUUCCUCCAAGUCCAGGCAUCGCAGCAGGAACCAGGAGUGGCCUGCCGUGCCUGACAUCGGCAAGAUUGAGGAGAAGAAUCCUGAGCUGCUGGCCAUGAAGAUAUUAGAGACUGGCAGACAAAUCGAGGCGGGCAGAAUACCUGUGCUUCCUCCGGGCACAGAAGUGCGCUGCGUGGAGUUGAGAGGCAACAACACUCGCAUAGAAUACAACCCCAUGACGCGUGUGCCACAGCACCCACAGCACCUUCCAACUUCUUCCCAUGUUCCCUCCACGUCAUCCUCCCUCCCACCGCACUCGUCACAGUCACAUCAAGCUUCACAUGUGCGCUCAUUAUCUCCACAAUCUCUUCACCAGCAUCCCGUGCACCAACAGCAGCAGCUUCGUAAUUCAGCCCCCAACAAAGAUGUUGCGCGUGUGGUUCUAGUAUCUCACCGAUGUCCCCCUGGGGCUAUUGCCGUCAAGGAAAAUUCUAAAAUGGUUGUCCCCCCUCACUCGUCCCCGCAACUUGGUGUGCACGGCAUGCCUUCCCUUGCUCCUCCUCAACGCAGUCCAGUGGAACGACAGUCCACGUACCAAGCGCUCAGGAACAGUUUAGAUCUCUUACAAAAAGGACAGCAAGCUCCGCCACCUCCUAAUCCAGAUGCACAAGAUAGACUCAAGCUUAUUAUCGCUGAUGUACUUAAUGAAGACAAGCCACCAACCGGCAUGCAUAUGCAAAACAGUCCGACCAAGAUGCAGCAGAACGUCAAUCAACCUCUAGGCAGAAAUCCAAGUUCCGACCGAUACAUGCAGCAGCAAACCUACGAUCCAUCUGGUACCGUAGGCAGACGAGUACCUGAUCCUCUGAAUAGAGUAGUUGAGGGCAGACCAAUGGCUGCCCAUACCCUUACUAGGGCAGACAUGAGCCCACACUCCAUUGAUAGACGAGCGGCUGAGAUGAUGCGCAUUGAUGACAGACGUAAGUUCAUGCGGACGUCCAACGACGGUCGUACGGCAGACGAGGCUCUAGCCAGGGACGUUCUACUGCGCAUGUCUGAUGGAGUACAUAUACGAGAAGCCCACGCUACAGGGCCUUUGCGUAGGGACACCUCUGGGUCACUUCAUCGGCACGAUGAUGUUCGCUCCGUUCAUCAAGAUGAUCGCUUCAUGCAUCAAGAGGAGCGUCUAUUGCAUCAAGAUGAACGCCUGCAUCAACCGCAGCAGCAACAGCAUGCAUCCCUGCCUCCCUCGAGUACUGGCGCUAUAAUGUACCAGUCUCAGCACCUCCAUGCUGGGGAAGGCUUACAUUCACAAAUGGUGGCUUGUUCUCGCGCUUAUCACGCGACUCCUCAACACACUUACCGACCCCAUACCGACGCUAUCCGUGGUCCUGGUGGUGAGAGUGGGCAGGAAAGCGUUGAUACCUUGUGUGGCGAGGAGGAUGACGGAGCACGGGUGGUGUUGAUGCGUGACGAGCGUGGGAGGGACUUGUCUGCUAGAGGCGCUAUGGAUGAUCGCCGGUUUAUGGUGGACACAAGAGUGGCAGGUUUCCAGCAGCCUGACUACACACAGGUAUCUCCUGCUAAGCUUGCUCUGAGGCGCCAUUUGUCGCAAGAGAAGCUGGCACUUGAAUCAGGGGGCAAGCGGCCACACUCUCGCUGCAGCUCGAACUCUUCUUCUGACCUGGUCAUCGUAGAGACUCCUGAUAACUCGUGCGGCGUUGCUGGUAAUUCCAUAGCUACCCGUUUACCGGACAACUCACGGCUACCUGACCGCCUCUUAGGGGAGAGACUUGCAGAGCGGGGCUUGGAAGUAAUUCCCACUGGUCCUCCUCCCACUCCUCCAACGCAACCUACUCCCCCAGUACUGACAUCCCCUACUCUUACCACUCCCCCUACUCCUUCACAACCUACCUGCUCCAUUUCCCCCGUCGAUAUGACGUUGUCAUCAAAGAACUCUUCCCGACCGGGUUCACGGCUUGCCGUGGACGACACUAGAGGCGCGUCUAUAACUCCGGACGGUUCGCUGCGUCCACUUUACUCGCCUGUCUCGCGUCCGAAUUCCACGGAGGCUUCGUCCGGGGCUCCUGACAGCGCACCUAGCAUGGGCGGGCCUUUUGCCCGAGCGCGAUCACCUCGCGGCGUUCAGUUUUACAGCACCGAGAAGCCCUUGAUGCCGCCUCCAAUCCCGUCCCCUGGACGCGACGGCCUUGAGGCUCGACUGGCGCAGCUGCAACACAAAAGUCUUCGAGCUACACCACCCACUGCUGUGUCCCAUGCUAGCUUCGUCUCUGCAUCCUCUGUUCACACCAACAACCUGCCAUCCCACUCAAUAUUCAGCUCAAACGUGGACCGUAGCGCUCCUCAGCUUGAGCUGACCUCGUCGUCUGGAGGCCAGUCAGCGGCGGUGUCAGCCAUCACGUCGGCCAUCGCUGCAGCGGCAACGAAGUACGGCAGCUCAGCCAGUGGUAAUCAAAACAACUCCUCAGUAGCGACGUCGUCUCCUCGUCACAAUACCCCUCCUUCUCCCGUCACUUCUGCUGCUGCUGGUGUUGGCAGUUCCCAGCGCCUGGCUUGGGAUUCAGAUCCUAAAUUACCGAACGGGGACAUCGGCGACGCUGGAAGUCACGGAGCUGCUGCUCCCGCCGUCGAAGGCUUGGCUGCAGCAUUGCAGGCUCGCUAUAUGAUGCAGAAACAGCAAAAAAUGCAACCGCAGGCUAACAUCAAAUUAGAGCCUCAAGAGCGGUGUGAGGAGCCUUCCUCAACCGGAACCCCGCCAGGCUUUCCUGAAUUUCAAAAGCGCAAAAGGCCUCCUUCACCCUCGUCAUCUGCCCCCGUUCCUAACAAGAAAGUUUUAUUGAGUCUCCCUCACUCAACUUCGCCGGCGUCAUCGAGCUGUGCAACCACCACUACCAUUACCACCGCUUCAAAUUCCAUCUCUUCUUCUACCAACACCUCUCAGUCUGCCCCAGCUGGCGCUAGAUCUUGUCCCUCAUCAACAAGCAUUACAUCUUCCCCUCGAAUUUCAAACUCGUCCAACUGCUCUGCAAAUGGUGCCAAUAAUGAUGUUGUAGCCGAAGUAGUGGCACCGGAACCCAGCGUCAACUCACCGGCACCGAAUGCGACGGAGAGCUCAUGCCCUAAUUCCAUAUCGUCUAGUUUAUCAUGCUCAACUAUUUCAAGCGUUACGGUCUCCUGUAACUCUUCAACGACAUUAUCGUCUCCUACGACCAAUACCGUUGAUAUUAACUCUUCAAUCUCUAAUACCAACUCGAGCAGUUAUAAAAACAGAGGAUGUGGCAAUUACGGAAAUGCAAGCAACGGCAACUCCUUGCCUCACUCGGCUUCCGCAACGCUUGCUGCCAUUUCUGCCGCAGCCACCAGCUACUCUAAAGAUUCUAAUCAGAGAAUUGUUAACGGCCCUGCAAGCGACACCAAAAACUGCCAUGAAGACGUCAAGCCGCGUGUCAACGAUAUCAAAAUGGCGAAAAACGAGAAUGAAUUUCCUCACAAUCAUAAUAAACCACCUAGUCGAUCGUCAGGAGAGAUUCUCAAAGGGUCAAGUAACAAAAUGAGCAACGCUACCAAUAAUUACAUGCCGUACAUGAAUUCCCAGAGUCAUGUGGACACUCCGCCUCUUCUGCCACCACCGCCGCCUCCACCGCACCUGAAAAUGGAGCCAGUCGAGCAUAAGUCUGAAGCAGGUGGGGCGGUCGUGCGUCCGGAGUCUCCACAGCUGGAGAACUGGCAGGCGCAGAUCAACAGCGGCUUCGACAAGCUUGUUGCGUACGCGGCUGAAGUUGACAAGCGGCGCAAGUCUUCGGAAACAUCACUGAUGUCAUCCCCCCACCCUGAUGUUUGCCACGACGGGGCGUAUCCUGGAUUUACAAAUGUGGGGAAAUCAACUUCACAUCCUCUUUCUCAGGGCGGUGGCAUUGCUGCUCAGUCAUAUUCGCGCUCAGACAGAGACCGCAGAAUGAACCAUACGGCCAGUGGUCUUGGGGCGAGACUUAUGGACGGGGCACGGCCAGUUGGUGUUCCUUAUUCCCCACACUCCCCACAUUCAAUGUUAAACCCCGUAGCGUCACCUCACGGUGGACCUCCCAGCCCACAAUCUCCCCACAUGCCUUUACAGACUCCUCCCAUCUCCUCACCUCCUCCUACUCCAUCUCCAGAUCUACGGCAUCCUUCUGAAGGAGGGAGCAUCGGAUCAUCUCACCUACCGUCCCCUCCUCACUCCCAUCAAGCUAUGCAGCAUUCCAAUAACUUCUACGAGCAUCAUUUUAAAAAGAAAUUUUAUCACAAGGAGAGAAUGAGCCCAAUUGAUCAGAGUCUGCCCAAUAACCACGACUCGAGGCCUAACAAACACAAUCACAUGACAGCCCCAGGCUCAGGACAUGCAAUCCCUAAGACCGAGCGACUAAGUCCGCAUGACAUGGAUCCGUCCAUGAUGAACCACGGCAUGUCCCAGCAGCAGUACCACAUGCAGUCCGUCCCUCAUCAGCAAUCCGGCAAAUUUCGGCCCAAGGGUAAAGAUUGGCACUGGAGAAACUCUAGAGACUCGUCCCAUCACAUGGCUAAUGAUGCUGGUAUGGUGAAUGCUAUGCAUCACCAGCAGCAAGCAUAUCAUCAUCCACCGCCGCCACCACCACCUCAAUCCAUGCACCACAACAGUCAACGUUCCAUGCGUCAUACUCUUCAUCACCCCAUGAAUCAUCACCACCACCCGUACUCUUCUAAUCCCGGAGGCAUGCCUCACCAUAACUCAGGCAAUGGCGGCCAAAUGAACCAUCACCACUCACGACACAUGACCCAUCCUCAUCACCAUCGCAUGAUGGCAGGACCGGCCGGAGACAUGGGACGGAGUCAAAUGGCGACGCCUGGCGGUGCUCCCGGCUACUACAAUCACUCCUAAAAAAGCGCUUAGUUAAACGAAUAAAUUGAAGGGAUUUGUGUUGACUGCGUGUAUCCUGGUAUCAUGAGCACAGAAUUUUUAUUGCUGCUUGCGGAACGAGGAAAAAACACGUCUUCUCCAUUAAUGGGCAUGCUUGAGGAAGAGUGAUGUUAUUUAAGGCCGGCGGUUCUGCUUUGGGUUAUUUCGUGUUGAAGCUUCACUCAAUGUCUUAGGCCAUUUAUCGACUACUUCACUGUUCUAGGAAAUAAGUAGUCCAGAUCUCAUCUUCGAUUAAUGUUGAAUCAUGCGAGGUGGUCACGUUAAGAUUCCAUUCUCUGUGCGUUCUUUAACCGAGUCGGCGUUAGAGAUAUUUGUAAACAAUUCUGUUACGUUGAAAGUGCUGGAAAAAGUUUUUGUGGUUGAUGGGUGUGUUAAUGCAAGAAGAUAUAGUAUAAAGUGUGGUAUGUGGUAAUGUUCUUCGUGCACAUGAACUGUUGUAAAUACAGAUGUUGAGGCGAAGCAUGUAAAACACAACGCUGACAGUUGCUUAUCAAGGGUGGACUUGCUAGUUCCAUCAUGUAGCGCGGUCCAUUGAAAAUUGCCUUAUUAUUUCUGGUAUCUUUAACUGUGAACUCUUUUAUGUUUUUUUAUUAGCUGUUAUUUAUUUCGCAAGGCUAUUUUUAGUGAAUAUUAAACGUGCUGUUGCUGGAACACGCUUCUGACUUCGUGAGCUAGCCAAUGAUUGAGGCAUUAAGAGGAUAGCUCGGGCUUGAUUUGCUAUACUUUGUCAUUUUUUAAUUUGGAUUUAUAAAAAUGUUCUUACUUUGCCUUGGGAAUAACCUUCCUGAAAAAUUUGUCCAAUUCGAAACUAACUUUGAAAUCAAAGUUGUUUUUGUUCUAGCAUUUGUUUAGCAUUGCCAUCGUGUCCUACUUAUAAUAAUUGUAACGUUACCUGCACAUGUGAGGUCACUAUGAUUCUUCUCGUCGCUGAGUUUUUUUCAACUUGUCUUGAUAUAAGAUUUGUGUUUGCCAUCUUUCAAACUUCAGUCGAAGUGAUGAUAGUUGAAAACUUAUUUCCACAUCUGUUUGCUGGGAAAAUCGGGAUUUUUACAUUUUUUUCUGCUUUUGAAAAGUUGGGCAGUCUUCAAAUGUGGAUGAAGCUGUACCUGAAUCGUGUUAUUUUCUCGGUUUUCAAUGAUUAUUUCCUGCGAUAGAUGUAGUCUUUUCUUUCGUUUCUUUUUCUUGGGCCAAAAAUCUAUGAGAUGAAUUUGUUUCUGGUUUCUGGGCAGAUAAGGAUAUCCAACGUUUUCGUGUCCCACCAGUGGAAAUAUAUUCAAGUUUUGCGGAAUAAGCAGGACAUCAAUACUUGAGCCGAUAUAUUUUUGAUGCCCUGGUGCGAACGUGUAUCAAGUUUGCUAAUCUUGUAUUUAUCAAGUAACAAUGUCAAUUUCUCAUGAUAUUAUAGAACAAUGAACUGAUUCAUUUUUUACAUGAAGAAGCAAAUUUUUCUUCCUCUUCCUCUCUGAUUAACUUGUGUGUGCGUUGGUCGAGGUAAAAGUUCGAUGGAUUAAGUACAUCAAUUUCAAUUGCACGUCAAAUCGAGAAUUUGGCUUGAGUUCAGUCACAUCGCAGACUGUCGAAAAUUGUCUGCUCUCAAAUGACGUUAAUCGCGUUUGAUGACGAUGAGUUUGUCCAGGUUUUGGGUUUUCUUUUUUCAAAAUUUUUUAUUAAGAUGAAGAUUGAAAAUUGCAGGAAAAAUUGAUGAUAUGAUUUUCGAAUUCGUCUAUUGCUUUUAUGUCCAUUUUUAUGAAAUGCAGUCUGAAUUAUAAACUAAAUGUGUAAUUUUAAUGACUAUGACUUGUAAAAUUGUCCCUCUGGCCAAGUUUCUAUCACUUACAUGCUACGAGUGUGGUAUCGCGCUUCUUGAUUUCUUUGCAAUUUUAAUAAAUUUUUCAUUCAACCAAAAUAUAUGUAAUUUCGAAAAAUUACUUGCAAAUUUUUCGAGUAAUUUUGGAGACGACUGAUCUUUGUCAUUCAUGCAUUUUGAAAAAUAAAUUCUAAAAACUACUAAAUUAAUUGAUGAUGAGGUUUAAAUUUCUCGUUACCCUAAUAUACAAUUUUCUGUUGGGAGCGAAGGCCCGAGUGUUUUUUUCGAUUUCUGUGUGUCUGUUUUGAUAUGCUCUUGUUAUAAGCGGAAAGUGCCACGCUAUUAAUGUUUGGCCCUUUAACAUCAGUCUGAACACUGCCAAUUAUUUACCGAGUAAUUAAUGAAGUGAACCGUUUCCUUAUUUUGACUCUGAAUUUACGUUCUAUAUUUACUAUAAUAUCAUAUAAUUCUGUAUUAUUUCUGCGGUGGACAUGUUGUUACUGUUGACUCUAGGUAUUUAUGCCUUUGCUCUGUUCUUUCUCGUGUUUGUUGAUUGCAAUGUCCAACAAGUGAUCGUUUAUUAAGUUGGAACAUUGUUACAAAUAAUUGUGUUCAUUUAGCAUUGUAUGCUUAGUGUAGAGGAUAAGAUUGCUGAUCACUGUCAACUGAUUGUGUUUUAUUUAGAUGAUUACGUGUGGGAUUCUCUUGCCUCGUUUGUCUCGUCCUUUCAAUAAGCAGGCACGUCUAAGUUGCUGGGUGUGCUGAGGAGAGCGUGGGGCUUGAGUAACUUCAUCUGUAGAGUGUGUAGUUACUGUAGAUAUUUCUGUUGGUUAUGACGAGACUGUCCAUGUGACAAUCUUCCAUGUAAGAAGAAGCAAGCGACUCGUAGUAUUGAACUUAAGCAUACAGGCUUCGUUGCGAUUUGCAACUUUCAUUCAUGACAUAUUUGGAUUUUUAAAUGUAUGAAAUGAUGUCUGGGCACUGCAUUUAGUGCAUUUUUCAGCCAUGCUCAUCACAAAUCAAUGUCACACCUGGUCUCAAUUUACUUCUGAUCUCAGGGCAUCGCUUGCUAUUCUGGAUGUCACCUUUUAUUAUUUUCUGACGACUGAAGCGUUAAAUUUGUUGCAAGCUAUGUCGAUUUCAGGAAAAAAUAUUUCAUUUAUAUGUGUUAUCGUUUAUGUUAGUUCUGAUUUUUGGGCGCCUUUUUAGAAAUGAAUCGAAGAGGGACAUGUUUUCCUAAACUUGUAUGACUGUACAUAUAUUACUGUGGAUCGAUAACUGCCGCUCUGAGUAUUUCUUUUUGGUGGAUUACAGCUGCAGUUGUCUGUAAUAAACAAAUGUCAUCUAA